UUCACUUCGCACCAUCAAGUACCAAAAUCAAAAAUUAUUUAAAAUUAAAUUGUAAUUCAAAGAUUCUGGUUACUGGAUCAAACAGAGAGCUUGAUAAAAUAUAGUUUGGAUUUUGUUACAACGUGAUAAGUACCAUUUUGCCUUGGAGCGGCGGACGUGAGAAAAAAGAAGACAAUCGUACGGAAUAAUUUGAGCCAAGUGUAUAAAAUGGCGGCACGCCGCUGACACGGCGCAGUGGCUAGCGCGUUCCCGCCAAAACAACUGUCAAACCGGUGUGGCCACUCUAAAAAUUUUCUAUAAAAGAAAAAAAUGAGUGCCCUACUCCUAAUCGCCGUCGCUAUUCUCAUUUUAUACAAAGUUUAUUCCCGUAAAACUAUCAGUAUUAAACGGGAGAACAAAUAUGGGGAAGCUAAAGAGGUGGUUUUGAGCGAAGCACCGGGACCGGUACCUUUCCCGGUCGUUGGUAGUUUGCAUGUUUUGGGGAAACACGAGUCUCCUUUCCAAGCGUUCACGGAGCUAGCCAAAGAGUAUGGGGACAUUUUUAGCAUACAGUUGGGCGGGUCGAAGUGUUUAGUAGUUAAUAAUCUGGAGCUGAUUAGGGAAGUCUUAAACCAGAACGGGAAGUUCUUCGGCGGACGACCGGACUUCGAGAGGUUCCAUCGGCUGUUUGCGGGCGAUAGAAACAACUCCUUGGCGCUCUGCGACUGGUCGAACUUACAACUACGCAGACGCAACCUGGCGCGCCGGCACUGCGGCCCCAAGCAGCACACCGACAACUUCGCCCGCAUCGGCAGCGUCGCCACCUUCGAGGCCAUCGAGCUCGUCCAGACCCUAAAACACGUCACCAGGACCACCGAGUCCGCCAUCAACCUCAAGCCCCUCCUUAUGUCCACAGCCAUGAACAUGUUCAGCCACUACAUGUGCAACGUCAGAUUUGAUGAAGAUGACGUCGAAUUCCGCAAAAUCGUCGACCAUUUCGAUGAGAUCUUCUGGGAAAUCAAUCAAGGAUACGCUGUUGAUUUCCUCCCUUGGCUUUCACCGUUUUACAAGAAGCAUAUGGAUAAGUUAUCCAACUGGUCCAAAGAGAUCCGCAGCUUUAUUCUAUCCAGAAUUGUAGAGCAGAGAGAAAUGAAUUUGGAAACUGAUGGUCCGGAAAAGGAUUUCCUUGAUGGGCUCCUAAGGGUUUUACAUGAUGACCCGACUGUUGAUAGAGAUACGAUUAUUUUCAUGCUUGAAGACUUCUUGGGUGGUCAUUCGUCUGUUGGAAACCUAGUUAUGCUUUGCUUAGCUGCUGUGGCGCGCGAUCCUGAAGUAGGAAAGAAGAUUCGUUCAGAAAUCGAAAGUCUGACUAAAGGAAAACGCGCUAUCAGCCUAGUCGAUAGAAGCAGCCUGCCGUACACGGAAGCUACUAUCUCGGAAGUUUUGAGAUACGCAUCUUCUCCGAUAGUUCCUCAUGUAGCUACUGAGAACGCUGAAGUAGCUGGGUUUGGAGUUGAGAAAGGAACCACGAUCUUUAUAAACAACUACGAGUUGAACACAUCGGAGAAAUACUGGAAUGAACCGGAGAAAUUCGACCCCUCUCGAUUCUUAGAGCGCACUAAAGUGCGCGUCAGGAGGAAGUCCCAAUGUGACUCAGGUAUGGAAUCUGACAGCGAACGAACAGGGCCUUUAGAUAAAACGACAGAGAUGGAGAAAGAAGUAGUAUCAGUUAAAAAGAACAUCCCCCACUUCUUGCCGUUCAGCAUCGGUAAAAGGACAUGCAUUGGGCAGACACUAGUAACCACUAUGAGCUUCGUCAUGUUUGCCAACAUCAUGCAAGAGUUUGACAUCGCUGCUGAGCAUUUAGAAGACUUAAGACAGAAACCAGCGUGCGUAGCUCUUCCUAAAGAAACAUUUAAUCUGUACGUAGUACCCAGAAAGCACUGAAUAAUUUAUUAUUGUAGAUAAUCAAUCUCCUCAGCCACUAUGAAGGUUUUUUUUAUAAAUUAAAAUACAGAAAUAGAUUAGAAUUCAAUAGAGUAGGUAAUUGGUACAUGGAUGGGUACUGUGGUUUUAUUAUAGAGAAGUAUCUCAAAUAGAGUGUGCGGAAGGAGAAAAGUCGUAGAAUGUAUGGGUUCUCUUACAUUCCAUGGCUCUUUCCGCACAGACUCUAACAACUUAGAUUCUUUUUACUGUCACCACGAAUAGGUUAUUGUAGCGCUGGUUGGAAAAUUUUAGAGAAGUUCUUUUUCUUUAUUUUCUGUAGCUCUUUGUCAGUAGAAAACGGAGCGAAAUUCAUAUUUUCCAUGGGAAGUCAACUCUUCGCACCAUUUUUAUUUUUAUAUUGUCCCCCUUUUCUACUGACAAAGUGGGUGUACCAUAGUAUAGUUUAUUUGAUUUCAAAUCUUCAUAUGAAUUGUAAUAGUUUAUUUACAUAUUCAUAUUAAUAUUGAAGGUGGCAAUUAAAUACUGUAGUUUUUUUACAUAUCUUUCAACCUAAUAUGGCUGUGGAGAAUCGCUCAAAACAUUAUUUAUUUCUCGAAAUAAUCUUUUUAGGUUACAUUUGGUUUUUCUGUCAUAAACUGUAUGUACUCGUCCCAAAUUUUGAAAAUGUAUGAAUGAAUGCGUGCGCUAGGAUUUUUAUAGUAGUUAGCUUAAUGGUCUAGAUCCAGUAUUUCUAGUAAGCACUAGGUCUAAACCAAGCUUAGUUUUUGAAACAUUUACCCGACGACUUUCUUUUGUUUUGUGGAUUUGAUACUGUUUGAUAUUUUAGAGUUGUUAGUAGUUUUUUGUAGUUUAAUUGUAGCGCGACAAUAUUAUUUUUAUUGAAAUUUAGACGCAUUUAUUAUGUAGAAGUAGUUUUAUAUAGUUUACCUAUAUCAGUCAUUGAGCGUUCUGUGAAUCUCUCUUGUAGUAGAUUUUAGGACCCUAAACUUAGUGUAGUGAUCAGUAGUACACAAAAAAUGGAACCCUGAGCCACUGUAGAUACAAUAUGUCACUGUUUAACAGUUAAUAUUUGCUGGCAUGGUGCCUCAGGGUUCCAAUUGGUUGACCGUUGGAACAUUUCACUAAAAUGUCGCUUACAUAACGCAUUUCCUUACUUUAUCAGCUUCUAAGCAUAAGGUUUACGAUGACACGUUAAUCGUUAUAUGUAGACAAGACAAUUCUUUUUUAAAGCAAUUCCUUAAGUAUCAGAUCAAAAAUCAGCUUCCUAUCAUUAAAAAAAAUAUCAAUAGUUACCUACCGUUAGGUAAGUGAUACUAUGGUGAAAUGCUCCAUCCUACUUAGUAAUGUAUCCGGAUUCCGGGUAGACUUUUAUCAAAGUGUAGUCGUUUUUUUAAUACUUUUUAUACGCACAUACUAGUUUUUUUGUUCAUUUAAUUUAGUCAGAAAUGUUGUAUUAGAUGUUUUUAGUUUGAUCCUUUAAAAUUUGUAUUUUUCUAUAUAUCUUCAGAUAACUUCAGAUAUAUAUAUAUAUAUAUAUCGUAUGACUUCAGAUAAUAUCUUCAGAUAACUUCAGAUAGUACGUUAGCAUACAUAGUAAUGGAUGAAACAACGCGCCAAAAUUAUCUGGAAUACUUUUCCAAAUAUCAAUUACUGUUCGCGUUCAAACGUAGGCCUAUCUGUCAGAGUCUAAUGAGGGCUACUGCGUUUAAUUUCGCCGCUAGGGGCGCUAGUGUAGAUGGAGGUCUUUCAAAAUGUCAAAUGCAUAGAACUUUUGGGGGUUGCAAGCUUUUUUAUCGGGAAUUUUCACUCCUUAUUCAUAAUUGUGGUAAAUCUUUGUCCAUUAAUCAUGGUAAAUAUUAGUGGUAUAAAAAAAGUGCCAACUAAAAUAUAUGCAAAAUUAAACGGGUUGAAAAAACGGCACUUUUAGACGUUAAUACCUUUGUGUAUUAGAACGUAUUGAUUUUAUAAAAAUAAGCAUAGAAGAAUUUUGAGAUCUGUUUUUCCGGACCUACAUCUACAGUGGCGCCAACUGGUGAGCACAAAAACGGUAGCCCUCAUUACAGUUCGCCUUCAAAAGUAGGCCUAUCUGUCACAGUCUAAUUGUCCUUUAUAUAGAGACAUCUCUUUUUGUUGUUAUUAGAGAAUUAGAGAAUGGUAGAUACAUACCCAGGUAGCAAAAUGACGUAAAAUGACGUUAGCGACGUCAUAAUGACGGCAUUAUUACGUCAUUAUGACGUCGCUGACGUCAUUUGACGUCAUUUUGCUACCUGGGUACCCUUGUGUCCCCUGUCCCGGUAACAUUAGUUGUAAUAGUAGCAUUAGUAGCACAGAAUAUGUUGUUAAAUGAACAAACUGGGUCUCUAUUGUUUCCCAUAUAGGUUUAAGUCAUAAUGUAUUGUUUGUCCACAUUUUCGUUAUACAUAAAUUGGUUUUUCUCAGAAAUGCGUAACUUUUCAGGAUUGCCAUAAAACAAACAUAACAUAAUCUAUCUAUAGGAUAACCUUAUGAAAAUCCUGAAAAGUUAACGGUUUCAGAAUUAUGACUAAUGACAAUUUGACAAUCAUUACUUUAUGACUUUCAAGUUUCAAUAAUUAAGUCAAACAAAGGGACGUCGAACAAACUCAAUAGAAAACUUUGUUAUUUUUAACUAAAGAAAAAAGUAUCUAGUUUAACAAUUCAGUAGUACCUAUAAGUUGCCUUUGUAAAACCAAUCUUAGUUCUUUGUAGUAAGGUCCAAAUUCACUUCAAUACAAACGAUUAUUGUAUGAUAGAAAAAUUGUGAUUUUGUAUAGUUUAUGGUAGAAUCUGAAAUUAUAGUACUUGCAAAUUUA